AUGCAAGAUCCAUUUCAACAGAAGAAACAGAGUAUUUUGAAGGAGAUCUUGUCCAAUAGUCCUGAAAAUGUGGAUGCUUCGCCAAAAGGUACUAUUGAUGAGUAUUGCAUCCCGAUCAUUAACCUCAUAAACUCUCACGAAAAUAUGGUGACAACAUCAUCGUGUAGCGGUCGUGUUUCUGUUUAUCUAGAGGGCACAGCACCCGAUAGGGUUGUCGCUAAAGGGAAUGAAGGUCGUUGGAUCUUUGUCACACAUGAUCCAAAGGAGCUACCUGGAUGGUAUAACACCGUUGACUUCAAAUACAUCUCACCUACAUCAACACCAGCAUCAUUAGCUUCAUCUUCAUCUUCAUCGUCGCAUGGUCAAAGAGGUAUUCUUUUUAAAUACGAAGCAUUAAUACUUCACGUCAAAUGUCGUGAUUUGGAAACAGCUAACAAAUUAUACGCCAUAGCGAUGAGCUGUGGGUUUCGAGAAAGUGGGGUAGGUAGUGGAUUAAAUGUGGCAAUUAGAAUCUCAAUUAAACUUGACGUACCGAUUGGCUACAUGGAUGAUCUGGAUUCUCUUUGUUGCAUUGUUAGCAAAGAGUAUUUAGAAUACAUUACACAGCUAUCUUUAGAUAGAUUUCAGGAAAACUUUAGAAAAUUGAACCAAUUAUAUGCUGCUAUUGAAACAUUUAUUCACGAAAGUGGUUUGAAUGUGCAAGCAGACAAAGAUAAAAAGGAUGAGAACCAGAAAUCCAAGGAAAACCAUAGAUCGGGAAAGAAUCUGGAUUGGGAAAGCAAAGAGGCUAGGCGAGAGAGGAUGAUGCGUGAAGGUUUGGAGAGGAAGAAACAGAAGGAAGAGCUUCGAAAGCUUGCAGAAUUAUCAACAACUGCGAUAAAGGAUGAAGCUGGCCAAGAAGAAAACAAAGAAGAGGAAUUACAGUAA